GUUACAUGACGUCUACGCUUUGACGUGGAGUGUAUGACGAACGGGGAAAUAAAAGUAAACAACGCCUAGGAUAACGAAAAUGGUUUUCGUCAGUCCCCCAAGCUUAGACGGAACCUGUGAUUUUUCUGAGGCUUUGUUGAUCAUGUAUGAAGGCUUUGUUUUCCGAUAAGGACAGAGGCAGGCUGAAAACUGAUUUAGCUAUGUUAGCCAUCAGAUCGUCAGAGGAGGAGUCCACUGAGAUUGAGGAGAUGGACACCUCAGAGCCCAACUGGUGCUGGUUCUACUUGGCUGAGUGUGGAGUGUGGCAUAUGUUUGAGAUUGAUCCCAGUGCAGCCUGCUCUGUGACCAGCGCUCAGAUUGAGCAGUGCUACAACAGGAACCAGCGUGGUGUGAUGGAGUUUUACACAGCCAAGUACACAUACAGACUGGACUUCUCAGUUAUGCGACAGAUAAAUGUAACAACAGGAAAGCAACGGCCGAUCAAACGCUCCCUCCACUCUGCAACUGGAUUUAGGUUUAUUUGUGAUAAUCUCGCUUUGCCUGUUCCCUGUCACUGGGAGAGAAUAAACACAGAUGAGCCCUAUCAGCUCAUCCAGCUUGGCAGAGACACAUAUGAAUUUAAAGAAGUAGCCAGACUGUAUGAAAGAACAAUGGAUCAUCCAAUUAAAUCCAUCCAGAGGAUCCAGAACCUGGAUUUAUGGGAGUUCUUCUGCAGAAAACACAGUUGCGAAAAGUCAAGCGAACACUGGAUAUUGAGGAGCGAAUGCUGUUUCAUGGCACGGGACACAGCAAUAUACAAGCUAUAUGUACAUUUAACUUUGACUGGCGGCUCACAGGAAGCCAUGGCGAUGUCUAUGGCAAAGGGAGCUACUUUGCCCGCGAUGCCAAAUACUCCAGUAAAUUCUGUCACACCACAGGGAAACACAACACCACCUUACAGAGACAUGGACUCGCACCACCGAUAUUUGCGAGUGAGCCGCCCUAUAAGACCAUGUUCCUGGCCAGAGUGCUUGUUGGAGAAUACACAGUUGGUCAUCCAAUGUACUGCAGACCACCCUCUAAGGAUGCCAGUUUCACCAACUUCUAUGACAGUUGUGUGGAUGAUAUGGCCAAUCCAAAGAUCUAUGUCAUUUUUGACAGUAAUCAGAUUUAUCCAGAGUAUCUGAUUGAGUUCUACUGAUGCCUAAGAAAAUGAUACCAACUUUUUUUAAUAAAGGCUGGAAAAGCUAGGAUAUGAAAUUAGAUGACAGGAUAAUUCAUUUCCAUGGCUGAAUGGAGCAUGGGUCAUCUAAGUGCCUUUGAAGAAGUUUGGAAAGACAGUAAGGACUUUGUGUCAAAUUGUAUACUGUACAGCAUACGUAAUUGGACCCAGAAGUUAGAACGUUUCCAUGACUUAAAAAAUGCUAACCGAAGACGGUCUUUGUGCUGUUUUUAUCUUUAAUCCUGAGUCUAUGCUUGCUUACUGAAUAUGUGUGCACAUUUGCUUAGAUAAAAUAAGAGUGGUGCUUGCAGCCUGUAGAUCAUAGGCAAUAUCCGACCACCGGCUCCAUCACUCCCUCUACUUCCACAGUGCCAUACAUAUGCUUCUUUAUAAAUCCAAGAACAUGCUCUGCUCACUCAUUUUGCACCAUGUUCUGAAAAUCUGUGUCUAGUAGUACCAUGUAUUAUAUAAGCAUGGAUUUUUGUUCAUGUUUUUGUCAUAAAAACGCUCCUACCUCUGCAUUUUUUUUAUCUUGCACUUUUCCGCCCUUUCCAUGAAAGGGUUUCUAAUUGUGUCAUAUUGACAUAAACAUGUAAAAUGUGUGAUGUCGUCCCUGAGCAAUUCGUUUCUGUGCAUCUUUUCUGACCACUGAGUUUCAUUGGGGUUUUCAACCAAGUUUGUCCAUCUGUUUUCUAAAUUAUUUUGGGUCUGUCACGUUCAUAACAGAGAAGCAAUCAAUCAUUCACACUCACAUCCACAUGUAUGGCCAAACUAGGAUCACAGAUUAGCCUAAGAUAUAAUACAUUGCCAGAAGUAUUCACCUAGCAGUGCAGAUAUUGAAUUAAGGCGUUCCAAUCACUUUCAUGGCCGCAGGUGUGUAAAAUCCAGCACCUAGGCGUGCAGACUGCUUCUACAAACAUUUGUGAAAGAAUGGAUCAAUCGCAGGAGAUCAGUGAAUUCCAGUGUGGUACUGUGAUAGGAUGCCACGUUUGCAACAAAUCCAGUCAUGAAAUUUUCUCAUUACCAAAUAUUCCAUAGUCAACUGUUAUUGGUAACAAAAUUGCAGCAACUGGUAACAACAGCAACUUAGCCACAAAGUCUUAGGCCACAUAAAAUCCCACAGCAGAUUUAGCCGAUGCUGAGGGGCAUAGUGCUGCAGAGGUUGUCAACUUUCUGCAGAGUCACCACAGACCUCCAAACUUCAUGGCCUUCAGAUUGGCUCAGAAACUCAGCAUAGAGAGCUUCGUGGAAUGGAUUUCCAUGGCCGAGCUGCUGCGGUGGUUGCCAGGAGAACGGUACUUGUCUGACCUCACUGUGCCAAGUGUAAAGUUUGUUUGAGGAGGGAUGAUGCUGUGGGGUAGUUCCAGUGAAAGGAACUCAUAAUGCUUCAGCAUACCAAGCCAAGACAUUUUGAACAAUGACAUGCUCCCAACUUUGUGUGAACAGUUUGGGGAUGGCCCCUUCCUGUUCCAACAUGGCUGUGCACCAGAGCACAAAGAAAGGUCCAUAAAGACAUGAAUGAGGGAGUGUGGUGUAGAAGAAUGUGACUGGCCUGCACUGAGUCCUGACCUCAGCCUGAUAGAACACCUUUGGAAUGAAUUAGAGCAGAGACUGUGAGCCAGGCCUUCCCGCCACUUCCUUGCCACAAAGGCACAGGGACGCCCCAGGCAGGAUAAACCCUAUUGCUGUGAGGUGAUACCACUGCAUCACCGUGUUGCCUCCAAUGAAGUUAAUUUUUAAAAUUGUAACAAUUCAACAUUGAAUUUAAUUUCCAAGUCAUCUGGGUUUGAUGUUAAAACCUGAAUAAUGCAGGUUUAUUUUUGCACUUUGUGUAAUUAAAAAA